AUGGAAAAUGUUAAUAAACGCAAGAGCUCUUCCAGCACUACUGAACCUGUAACAAAUAAGAAGCCGAAGCUAGUGGAUGUUAAUAGAGAAAAGAGUCUACCCAAUAGUUCGACUGAGCAUGUCAAGAAAGUGGGGAAACCACCAACACUACCAACAAAGAAGGCGAAACAGGAAGCAGCUGAGGCAAAACACGCCAAUCUCCCCUCAAAAGCUGCCUUGGACGCUGCUACUGAACGCCGCGCUAAGCGACAAGAGAAAUACGAUCCCCAGCAAGAGUUGGAAAAGCUACGUCAGAAAGGACGCGAACUUGCACCUCGUGUGGCCCCGGUUCUCAUUCAUGAAACUCGUAACCGUCUGGAGGCGGAAGCAACUUCGGCAACGGGCAAUCGCCAGCACUCAAAGCUUUACAACUCUCAUUCACAAAUCGUCAUUCCCACAACCUCGCCGGCUUGGCAAGAUGUACCACUCGAUCUUGCGGUCGCACUCGUGCAGUACUCUCUCAGCGGAUGCUUUGAUCCCAAGCCCUUUGUGGCAAAUGGUGUAUUGGAGCUAUGCACAGGCGAUAUGGAGGAGGAGGAGGAGGAGGAGGCCAAGCACUGCCAAUUCUAUCUGCGCUUUGUGCCUAUCAAGGGCAGACAGGCCAUUGCCACUGCUAUAACGAAGACUCUGUCCCUUCACCCUCAGGAAGCCCCCAACUCGCUGACCAAGCUCACCGUGCUUGGACAUGGUCCUGAAAGUUUUCGGGAGGCUAUCGAACAUGGUUGGAGCCCUCUUGGUCUGGAGACAGUAGCCAACAAACUCUGCGACAUCAUUGCUGAAGCGCCUAAGACAACAAUCCUUCAUAAUUCUACACCCUCCUCUUCGUCAGAGCCUAGCUGUCUUCUGUACGCGGGCAUGACCACAGAAGACCCAGCUCAGCGCGUUGUCAAUGAUCUGAAGGGUGGCAUUCCAUGCAGGUUCACCAACUUUUGCAACGCAAACAACAUCUCCUCUUCAGAUGUGAAGACGUACAGAGUGGUUAACCUUGCUGUCCCAAUUACCUCAAGCCUGGAGACUCGCACCAACAAAGACUUGGGCAAUCGAGAGCGUAUCCUCAUUGCACUAUUGGGCGAGCUAUCUCUAAACUCUGCCCUUGGUGGUGCUAAGCCGACCUAUGAACCCCAUCCCGAACUUGUCGCCCUACGUGAUCAUGUCUUCUCGCUAUUGCCUUCAACGCCUUUCCCACUGGGUCAAGAAGAAAUGACGAAAAUCAGCCACUUCAAGCGCAUUUCGCCUGAGAAGGAGCCCAGCGAAAGGUAUAUCAGAUAUACCAAGGAUGUCGGACUUGGUGCUCUGCGCCAGAAGGAUGGUCGUGUUGUAGUAUUGAACGUCACAAAGGACAUACCCCGCGACGGAUUUUCAGGCCGACUAGGCGGCUAUUUUGAUGAAGCUACGGGUAUUGGCCCUAUGGCAGACCGCUACGUUCAGACACUCGUUGAUCCGUCAAUUCCUCUAACUGGCAACCUCACUGUCCAAGUGCUCGCCUUCUUCCAUGGCGCCUUCAUUGACUUUUGGAGGUUUAUUGAAGUCCUCUGCCCGCCUUUUUGGUGGCUUUUCCUCUUAUUCCUGACGCGAAUUCUCAACAUUGUUCGUCCUAUCUUGGUGGUCACCCAGUCGAAUCCCGUUGCAAAGAUUUUUCAUACUGGUUUUCUUGCUCAACCACGUGCAGAGCUAUAUCAGGGAAAUGCUGAUUUUGCCAAUGGUGAAACUACGGCUGAUUUCGUUCACCAACUUCGGCAAAUCUCAGCACAACGUUUCCAGGGUGACGAGUUCUUCAGAGUAGUAGGAAUCCCUACUAUCUUGCCCAUUGGUCCUGGCGCUCAGUUAACAAUCCAUAUUGCGCUUCCCGACUACGGAGCCCCCAAAUAUACCCCCCAACGAGCUCUACCUCAGUUUAUCCUGUUCUAUAUUUUGGAGAUCAUCAUAUUUGUCUUCAAACGCAUUAUUGCAUUUCGACUCGAGACCUGUCCAAUGUCGAAGGAUGAUUGGGAGGACGAAACCAAGACGAGAAGAUGGUUAGAGGCAACUGUUGCAGAGGCCAAUACAUAUCUCGAAGAUGUGUACGCAGCACUGGAAGUUGCGAAAGAGCAUGCACGAGAGCUCAUGUUCACGCAUGACUUCCUGUCCUCACUAUCAGCCUCCUACUGGCAACAUCAACUGCGACUGGAGGAGGAACAACCUCGGCCACAGAUUGGGCCUAUCACACGCCGCAGUGGUCUCCUGGCAGCUCCUCUUGGCGAAGCACGGGUUGACCAAGCCAAAUGGCUUAUGAAACUUGCUGAGCACUUGAAGUCGUAUGGCCUCUCGCACGAUCCCUAUCAAGUGGAAUCUUAUGGAAUGGAGAUCGGGUCCGAACGGUGGUAUCAGCAGUUUGUGAAGUUGAAGGAAGGCGUACAGAUAAGAUAUUCCGCCAACGCGAACGGGAAAACGGCUGAGGCAGCAGCUGCUUCCCAAAAGAGCCGCGAGAAUAUUGCUGUGUAUCGUCCUGAUGCAACCAGCAAGGAAGACGAGGCGCCGAAACGUUUACGACACCUCAAAAACUUAGUCACCUUUACUUCCACGUUAUCAACAGACAAGCCUACCAACAAAUUGGAAGAGUGUUCGCGUUUCGGAAUCUGCAACAGCUGUAAAACACUGCUUGCAGCUGAUACCAACUAUAUCACGCACGAAUGUGGAGCGUCAAGCUGUCGAAUCGAUAUGGCGAUCUGUCCUAAGCUGGAGCGAAGUCUGUAUGUUCACGAUGUCGAAGAAUUCUUGCCGCAGCUUGGUCUCCAAGUCACCGAUCUGGACGACAGCUUAAAACGUUUUACUGUGGGGGAGAUAUUUGGUAUGGAGGGACAGCUUGAAGCAUUAAAGUUGGCCUUGCCUCAAGAUGGCGACUUCAAUGCAAUUGUUGGGGGGUCUGAUACCUUUGCCAAUGCUAUGGUCUACACAAAUCAGUCUUUCACCUCCCCUCGUCGACUUCUCACCCUUGCUGUUGACCGAAUCCUCCAUAGCCAAUCUCGUUCUCCGAUUUCCAAAACUCCAGCAUAUUUUGAGCCACUGAAGAACAAGCGGAGGGCCUGGGAGGCUGCAACGAGAACAAAAUUGGAAGGUUGGCUUGUGAAACGCCAGCCAAAACUCUUUUUCCGUAGCUGUCGCGGAGAGGCUGGAGACAAACCACAAUGGACAUCGUAUGGGACAUCUGCAAAGUUAUCCAAGUCUGGUGCGCGCUUAGGUAAGCUCAAGAUGAAUGGGGAAUCGGAGAACUUGUUCUAUCUCCCUCAUCACUUUUCUCGUGCUGCUUGGUAUAUGAGGGCUUUGAAACUCGGGUGGCUCCAGUAG